UUUGUGUCUCCACAGCCUGCUCACACGAAGUUGGUCGUCAACGAAGAAGGAAGCGAAUAUGCUAAUGUUCAGUUCAUAUUUUUAAUUUGCACCUCUACUCGACGUAUAUAUAAAUAUAUAUACGUUUGAUUUGUUUGGAUAGGUGUUGUUAUUCGCGGUCGGCUGACUGCUUGUUCCCGACCGUCGUUGUCCCGUCUUCAUCUUGUUUACCUUGAGCUGUAACAGGAGAGCUAACGGCGUUAGCCACACAGCUAGCUUUAUAGACUGAGCUAGCUCCGUUAGCUCCCUGACGCUAGCUGUACAGAGACUGUGGCGAAAUGGCGGCCAACACGACACAAGCAGCCACAACAACCAGCUGGUCCUAUGGCGCUGCCGCAGAUGGCCAGGUUCACGAAAACCCCGAAUGGGAGAAGGCAAGACAAGCUUUAGCUUCCAUCAACAAGAGUCAGAGCUCUGCCAAGGCUGCACAAGCUAACCGGACCACAGGAGAGGCCAGUCAGUUUCAGCCAGCAGCAACUGACUCUGCUGCCAUUCAGCAGCAGCAGCAGCAGCAGCAGCAGCAGUACUAUCCGUGGUACCAGCAAACUCAGCAGCAUUAUCCUGGAUACACGUACCCCUAUAACUACUACUACUCCAUGGGUCCAUAUGGAGCUGCAUAUCCACCAAAUCAGUAUGGUGUACCUCCGGGGCCUUACCCAGGAACUCCAACCUCUAAUGGACAGCCUCCUCCAGUGCCUGGAAUGGAAGACCAGUCCCCCAGCUACCCAUCUCAGCCACAACCUCCUCCCCCUGCCACACCCCAGCCACCCCAGAGCCCAACCACCUCAGACAACCCCCCUCCUCCUCCACCCCCACCUAUUCCUCCUCCACCCAACUCCCAGUAUCCCCCUCCACCAUCACAAAAUGCUUACAGUGCCAAUAACUCUAUGCCAUACCCACCUGGCGACCCCAACCAAAUGCAGGUUUACAGUCAUUCCCAGGGAAGGCCCAACUAUGGACAGGGCUUCCAGGCCCAGAACACCUACCAGCCCUCUCAGAAUACCUCCCAGCAGCAACAGCAGCCUGGCCAGUAUGUACCGGGGCUUGGCAGAGGAGAGGCCAACAAGAACAAGAACCAAAAACAAGGACAGCAACUGUGGCACCGCAUGAAACAGGCACCUGGGGCAGCUUCUGUGAAGUUCAAUAUUCCCAAGAGGCCUUAUCAGGUUCAGUGUUCUCCAAUUUCCAAUCAGACGUAUCCUCCAGGCGAGCAGCCCUCAGGAACUCCUUCCUCCCCAGCCAGUGCUAGUGCAGCACCUGGUGGUGCUCAGACACGGCCCCAGGACUGGCCUCAAGCCAUGAAGGAAUACGUGCAGCGCUGUUUUACAGCCUGUGAGACAGAGGAGGACAAAGAUCGCACAGAGAAGGUGCUGAAGGAAGUUCUGCAGGACCGGUUAAAGGAUGGUUCUGCGUACACCAUUGACUGGACCCGUGAGCCAUUGCCAGAACUAAAGGUCAAGCAGUCUCGCUGGGAAGCUGUUCCACCCCAGAGGACAUCAGAUGGCUCAAUUAGCCGUGGUGGAAGCACAGCAGCUGCAGCGUCCAGAGGCAGGGGUGGUGGACACAGAUUGGGCCACUACAGGAAUAUAUUCUCUCAAAGGAGUCCAUCUUCUAGUUCCUCCCGUUCCUCCUCCCGCUCCCCAUCCCCUUCCCAUGGCAGACACAGAGACCGCAGCAACCAAAGGCAUAGACGGAGUGAUUCUGGCUCACAGUCAGACAGCAGCAUCUCCAGUGACCUCCGACCCCAGUUGUCACGACGGAGUCAGAGAGGAGCACGCGGUCGUGGUAAUGACAGGGAUAGAGGACGUGGAGGUGGAGAGAGAGGACGUGGAAGAGGAGGGAAAGCCAACAGAGGAAGGCGAAACAUGGAAGAUUCCAAUUCAGCUGGUGGAAAAAAGAGGAAAGGUGGCAACGCCGGUCUGGAUUUCCACGACCCCAACCGAGAAGCCAAGAAGCAGAGCAGGGCAGCUCGUUUCCACAAGCAGCUUCGCUCUGAGCCGCUGAUCCUCUCCAUCAACGCGCUCGACUUACCUGAUGGAACACAGGAGGGCCUCAGCUGGGAAGACUGUCCCAUCGUGGGAACAUGCCAGGACAUCACCAAGUCCUACCUGAGGCUCACCUGUGCUCCUGACCCUUCCACUGUGCGCCCUGUGCAUGUCCUGAGAAAAUCUUUGCUAGCUGUGAAAGCCCACUGGAAAAACCACCAGGACUACCUUUAUGCCUGCGAACAGAUGAAGUCCAUACGACAGGACCUCACGGUCCAGGGAGUUCGUACUGAGUUCACAGUCGAAGUGUACGAGUGUCAUGCACGCAUUGCUCUAGAAAAGGGAGACCAUGAAGAGUUCAACCAGUGCCAGACCCAGCUGAAGGCCCUGUAUAAGGACAAUCCCUCAGAGAACAUUGGAGAGUUCACAGCAUAUAGACUGCUGUAUUACAUCUUCACUAAAAACUCUGGAGAUCUGACCACUGAGUUGGUGUAUUUGACCCCAGCACUGCGGGCGGAUGUGUGUGUGGCUCAUGCUCUUGCUCUCCGUGCCGCCUGGGCAUUAGGAAACUACCGCCGCUUCUUUAAGCUGUACCAGGAGGCACCACGCAUGGCUUCAUACCUCAUUGACAAGUUUGUAGAGAGGGAAAGAAAGGUUGCACUUCGGGCCAUGGUCAAAACGUUCAGGCCUGACUUGCCAGUGCAGUAUGUGCAGUCCAAUCUGGGCUUCUCUUGUUUAGACUCCUGUAUGGCCUUUCUUACCGGCCUAGGUGUCACCUUUUAUCUCUCUGACCCCCAAAAGAUAGACUGCAAAACCAGCACAGCCGCUUUGGCUGCCUCCUGAGGGGGUGGGUGGGUGUAGCACCAUGAAGGGAGAUGUUAGGGGACCAUCAUGGAUCCUUACAUAUACAAUGCACUGCACUUCAGACACCUCUGCCAGUUCAGAUAGAGUAGCAGACUAACAACUAUUGAAGACCCACGCAGAAAGAUACAUGGUAGACUCCUGAGAUUCAGAUUACAGAAGGCAGAUGUAAAUUUCUGACACGCAGAUAAGAACUGUUUUAAAGAGUCUGCACACACUGGUACUCAAAUAUUGUAGGAUAGCCUCAUCCCCAAGAUAUGUCUCACUAUAUUUAUAAUGCCAGAAAAGUGAGAGGACAGUUUAGAUUAUCAUGUAAUCUCAGCACUUGAAGGCAAAGAAGUCACAGAACCAGAUCAGGGAGGCAGUCAUCCUCAUGCUUCCUGUUCCUUUACCACCAACAGAUGUCAAAGCUAACAGUGUUCUGUCAUGUUUUUUCCUUCCUCAAGUCAACAGCUCCAAGACCUGAAGUUUCAAGCCUUGUCAACCAAAAGGGAAAUACAAGUCAUUCAUCCAGCUGUCUGUUUGACGUCAAGCCUACAGAGUCGGGUCAACUUUAGAUUUCCCUCUUAGAGACUGUGAGACAGCGAGGUGAGAAGAUGCCAGCAGUUUGUCUGAAAGAAGAAGAGGUGGUGGUUUGUAUGUCCUGCCCUGCACCCCGUUUCCUCAAGGUAUCUACAGUUGGCUGUCCGUCCCAUUCCCUUUCCCCAGGCGCAAGGCCUCUUAAAGCAAUGGACUGAAGUCUUGUUCCUGAUUUAAUUAAGUAUAUUCAUUCUCUGGCCACAGUCAUGAAAUAGUUGGCCAGCACUGAGCGAAAAGUCUCAGUCAGAUGAGCAUUGACUGUGUCUGAUGAAGGAAAAGUGUCAUUCGUCAAGGUGAUCUCGCUCCUCCGUAUCCUCGAAGCUCCGCUCCAUCUCCAAAUCCAAAGCAGAGAGGGAAUCGGCUUCAUCCACAAGCUGAAGUCCUGCCAGCACCUGGAAUCCAGCACAACCUGAUCAACCCAGCAAUGUGCAGCGACAAAGCCCGUCUUUCAUCCACGUCUUAACCGUACCAGCUGUUAUUUAAAAGAAACGGAGGCAGCCGAGCUGCAGUCUUCAAAUACAGCUGAGAGCGGGAAAUCUGCUGCUUCACGAAGGAACAACGAGUGGUUUGUAUGCUACAUCUGGCUCUGGUGUUUGCAAGGCUGGUAAGCGAAGGGGACUUCUCUGGAAGGAGGUGGAUGACGUUUACAGCAGAGAUGUAGCCUCACAUUUCCUCUGUGAAAUGAUUCAUGUCUUGUGUUUUUGGCAGCAGCAGUACUGGUCUUAACUUCAACAAAAAGAAAAAGAAUUAUGGAGCUGCAGAGCAGAUCUCGUUUAAAAAACUUGCAGGUUGAUACUGGAAAGAUGAAUUAAGUAUCAUUAAAACAAUUUAUAACAUCCUAAAGUGCAAAGAAUUGAGUCAGUGCGAUCACAUAAAUUUUACUGGACAGAUGCACACUGCUGUCCUCAUGUUAUACGGUAAAGUAUUUAAAACAAAUUUUUAAACUGACAGUAAAAUAAAAGAGUAAGAUGCAAGUUGAGAGUAGACUGGUACUUUUACUACAGACUUUGAUGUCCAUUUAGACAUCUUUAAACACUUAAAAUGAAGGUUUCUCUCAGUGACAGUGGAAGUGUAGUCGAGUUCACUGGUCCAAGAGGUAAAAUAGGUGGUGAUGGACGCAGUCUUCGAUGAUAAUUGGGGGGGAAAAUACGUGGCACGAUACUCAAAAUGGCGAUUGGGCUGCUGUAAAUUGUCAGGACAUGACCAACAGAACCUCUAAUCAGCUUUCCACCAUAUCCUAUAAUUUCCUUUUAUAGAAUAAAACAUUUCCUCAUAAUUUUCUUUUUAUUUCAACAGUAUUAUCACUGUAGAAAUGUUGAGCUUGAGGUAUUUAAGACUGACCAGUACUCGAGAGGAUGCAGGCUUGCUGUACAAUCGACAUGUUUACUUGUCUACAUAGUAUAUUUUUGUAAAUAUUGUACGAUAUUGCUGUGAUUUCUUUUGGAUUAGUGCAUAGUGUAGGAUUUUUCUUUUGUUCACACACGGGUAAGUGUGAUAUUUGUUUUUUGUUCCCUGGGUGUCUUAGACGAUUUAUGUGAAUAUGUAAUCUUAAGUUAAGUCUGGCUCGUGUCCUGUCUUCAUCAUCACCACCACAGUGGAUGUAGUGGUUGGACUUGAUGAUGAUGAUUGGCAGUUUCCAGUGCUAGCUUCUCUCAGUACAGCCUGAAAACAUUAAAUGAACCAAAUUUUGGCGCAAUGUCAUGCUCAGUCUUCAGUGACAUUAAUGAUUUGGCCCCUUCAGGCAGUCGCUCGCCUGUUUUGUGUUGGCAGAUUGUUCCAUACAAAGCUGGUAGACAUUCAGCGAGAAAUGGGACCACCGCUGCCAAACACAUGUAUCGUUUGGCAGCCUCCAACAAAAAAGGACAAAUAUCCAUCAUGUCGACACUUUUGUAAACCUGGAUUUGUUCUUCAAACUGUUGCUUAUUUCUGCAAACGUUUUGUAAUGACAAUGAUCUCAACAUGUUUUCUUUCUUCCCCCUCCCUCCUUCAUUUACCUGAUUCCCCCUCCCCUCUCCUCUUUUGCUAUUCCUUCCCCUCACUCCCUGAACCUUUCUCUCACACACCACCAGACUUCUCAUCCUUCAGCUCGUAGUACUGCUGCAUUGCAGGAGCACACGGAGCGAUGAUAAGUGGGCGAACCACCUCCAGACGCCAGCCGGAGAGGGUGAAUUGUGAGCAAUCCAAGUCUCUUGGUUUGACCCACUGCAGUUGAAGCCAUACAGCUGAUUUAAAAAUAUAUGGGAGCCUCACAAAAAUGAAAAUGUGGAAAAUGUUGCUGUGCUGCUAAUGUGAUUUGCUGCUAACCCAAAUAUUUCCAGUUUUUCUGUGCAACAAGAUACCUGUUUAGUUUUUUUAAACAAUGUUUGAUGAUUGAAGUCGCCAUGUACUGUGGUCUGUUUGUCCAGAUACGUAAACGUUUUUUAAAAUCAUGCGCCUACAGUUCAAGAUUUGACAUUUAGGUUUUGUUUCUUUUGCAUUUAUCUAAAGUUGUGGAUGAUUUGGAUUGUGUUUGCUAAAUUGACAGACCUGCGUGAGUCAGUUGCAGUAGAGACUUGUUGUGAGGGUUCAUAUAAAAUGUGUCUGGACAUACAGAACAUGUUAUCUUAAAAAAAUUCACCUACACUUAGUCUUUUUUUUUUUUCUUUUUUUUUACUACAUGCAGUCGUCUUUAGGUAAAGUUUCUUAUUAGUGCUGGUGUGUGCUCCCAUGCAUAUGUGAUGAGCUCAACUGAUUGUUUUCUGCCUCCUGGUUUGUGUAAAUGUAAUUUUUUAUUUAAAUUUCUUUACACAUGGUUCACGUGUGUACAUGUGGUGUCUCAGGUUUUCAGCGUUGAAAUGGCGCAGGAUGUUUGCUUUGUUUAUUUUUUCCUUUCUUUUUGGUAAUAGAAAAUUCACCCCAGACAACUAACAAUACACAUUUUCAUUUUGAAUGCUUGUUUUUUUUCCCCCUUUCUCUCUGAUGCCUGAGUCAUGUUUUCAGUAUUUUUUUGCUCCCAUGUUACUCUAUACCUCCAUCGGUCCUUGUAACUCCUUCCUUGAUAUUUGACACUGGAACAGCUCCCACAUCCUCCCCUCACCUCAGCCGUGUUCAUUUCCUGCUCCUUCCUUUUUAACUUGUCUUCAUUUGAAUUUGUCUCUUUCUCACUUUCUCUUAUUUCCUCUCCCUGCAUGCUGUCCUCACCUCCUCCUGUCCCCCUCCUCGCUCUCUCCUCUCUACAAAUCUCUGACCAGUAUUUGUUCUCUUCUCAUUCUUAUCGUUUUCCUUUUUAUGUUGAGUAUGUUUGUGACUGUUUGCCCCUGUGCAACUUAAGUCACUCUCACUAGUAAGUAUUGUAUCGCGUCUGCAAUGCUUUAAUAGUUUAUGUUGCAGCUCACUAACAACUUAAGCUGAAGGUUUAUCUGCAAUGACUUCUCCCUAUCCCCCAUGCCUCUACAGAUCUGACAUGAUAAACUGCCAUUUUGUAAAUAUUGUGUACAUAUUUUGGAAAAAAAUCUAAUAAAAUUCAAGUAUAAAGGGCA